CGUGUCACGGAAAACCUCUGACCGAUGAUCUGCUCUCCUCUGCAGUACUUUUUCGUUUUAUUCGUACUUUAGACUUUUCAAACAAUCAAUAGUUCUAUAUUUACUGCUAAUGUAACAAUGUCAGCUGAGGUGGAGGGUAUUUUGAGAUCAUUUUGGGAGUGGCGUUUACGAGAGAGCCCAGAAUUCGCCACUCAAAUUGGCGUGCACACUUACGAUAACAAAUUGGAUUGUCACAGUUUGGAGGCGUAUGUCAAAAGACAGGUACUGCAUUCGGUUGUUGUUAAUAUCACAUGAUUUUCUGAAAGCUGAAAAGUCCAAACAACAGUAGUUUCACUUCUCCGGGUGCACAAAAUUCCCUUCGACUUAUGGAAUAAAUAAUCGAUUAUUGAUUGGAGUCGAAGUAUAAUUUUUUAAAAACUACGUUUAUCGCGUGUAGAUUGAAGCUAAUAAGCGUAAAACCUGUGUGAUUAUCUUCAAUAUUUUCGCGAUUUUAUUGCCUCUUAAUUUUGUUUAAAAAAAUGGAUUUUACUGAACUUCAUUUCCACUUCCGCAAACAGAGAGAAUCUGAAACCUAUUUACAAAAGCUAAAUAGGACAGCAAUCACAACACUCAUGAAAUAGAAUAGUAUUUAAGGCUGUUGAAGAACAGCUGUCUAUUGGAACUUCACACAUUUAUUACUGAAUCAGUUCAAAUGGAACAUUACAAUUCAGGGUAAAAUUUCUGCACAACACCAUACUACAUUAUGCAUUCAGUUCUUGGAUAGAGAAAACAAUGACAAAAACAAUAGAUUGCCAUUAGGAAAAGAGAUUUGUUUUACAGUAGUAUGGGGCUAUGUGGAAAUUUUACCCAAUUCAGUUUACAGAUAGGACAUUGCCCUCGUCCCCUCUUUCCUAUAACAAAAGAAACAAAAACAUAUAAACAGGACAAAUGAUUUGAUAAAUAAAGGAUGUGAUUUAUUGAGUGAUUAAUAAUGGUAAUUGAACUGAGUGGAGUGCAAUUUGGGCUGAAAUCAUAUGCGUGAUUUAAAAAUUGAACGAGCACACGGCGCUCAUUUGAUUUGAAAUCACAAAUAUGAUUUCAGACCAAAAUUGCAUGACGGGGUUCAAUUACCACUUUACUACAUCCAUUUUGAAAUCACUUGAAUACAGGAAUUGGUCAGUUCAAAUAUUUUAUUGAUGCAGUACUGAGCUGGUUUGAAAUUAAAUUCAUUCAUUUUUUGGUGAGAAAAAAUAAGAGCUUUGGAAACAAAAGUUGCAAAAUUUGCAAUGAUACUCUUUGUCUUUUAUUUUCCUGCAAUUUGAUUGGUUACUUUAAACAAGCCUUGAAAUCUGAUUAGUUGUUUUGUUUUUAGUGUAGCCUCCUCAUUGGCUGGGAAAAAGAUGUGAUUUAAAGCAAAGAAUGGUGCAAUUCGUGAAUAAAUCACACUAAUUAGAGCUAAUCAGAUUACAGGGAACACCAGUUAUUUCGAAAUGUGUGUUAUAAAGUUAUUAAGCUAUUGGUUAAUAUGGUGAAUUCUGAGUCUGACUUAUUGUUGAGUCUGGAUUAUAUUGACCAAAUUGCUAACCAAGGCAGGUAGCUUAUAAAUGGUAAAAUAAUGAUCAUGGAAGUCUGGACUGAAAGGUCUUGAUUAUCAGCCUUGCUCAAGGACAUUGCUUUUCAAGGUAAAAUCCUUUUGAAUUUCUUGCCCAUAACCUAAAGAGAAGAGGGAAAUUGUCAGGACGACCUGCUAGGAUGGGGAAUGACCAAUGAAGGACUUACUCUCUUUCUUGGAGAAGCUACUUCUUGGAUUGCCUUGAUCCUCCACUUUAUUAUUGCCUCUCUACAAUUUACAUGUUGCACUUCUGUGAAAGUUCAGACCCACGCAAAUAUUUUAACAUGCCUGGCCACUACUUAUAAAUGAUAAUGAGGGAGUUGCUAAGGAGACCUGAAAUUGCUUGGGAGGAAGAUGACCAGUUAACCCUUUAACUCCCAAGAUCUUAUUAGUAAUUCUCCUUACUGUCUACUUGAAGUUCUUGUGUUGUUAGUUUGGAGAAUUUGGUAUUGGAUCAAUUUAUAAUUCCCUAAUUGAUAUUUUCCCUUAUUCUCAUCACUUGUCAGCAUGAUAUUGUAUUGAUAUUGUAAGGAGAAAUUCUGUCUUGAUCACUCAUGGGAGUUAAAAGGUUAAAGAUGAGUGCUAUAUCUGAGGAGAAAUUAGCAUUAUUGAAUAUUUGCUUCAGUCAACAAUCAUUACAGGCUCAGGAAUCUAGGCCAGGAAAGGUUAGAAUGGGGUACAUGACUUUUUUGAAAGAGUUCCUAUAGAAUAAUCUCAGACACAAGUGAAAGUCACUGUCAAGAGACCUUUUUCUUUUUUUUAAAUAGAAUGUAUUUCAAUGCUUGUGGAUUACUUAGUAUUUUUUGUUAGGCGAUACUUUUUAAAGUUAUUAGGUACUGAAUUUUUUUCUUUUUUAUUUUUUUCUCUAUUUAAAAAAGUAUAUUUAGAUGUUGAUCUCUUUCUUAAUCAUAGGAUGAUUGCAAAGAGUUUUUGAAAAACUUGAGUGCAUUAGGGAAAUCUGAGCUUCCAAAGGUAAUACUGAAUGUUUCAUUUUCUCUGCUUUUGAUGUUAGGGGCUGUUUUGUGAGGGAAGUUUUUGAGGCGGGUGGUGUGGAGGGUACUUUCCUUCAUUUAUAUAAAUAUGUAUGUCAUUCUGUUCAUUAUACUGUUAAGUUUCUACAUUUAGAAUUGUUCAUGUUAAAGCCAUUUGUCUCAGCCAAUGUUUGUGUUGCAUAUUGAUUUGUUUCCAGACUGAUGCUUUGAAUUUAAAACUUCUUGAAAGAGAAAUCCAGACAUAUUUAGAUGGCUGUAGCCACAAGAGGUUGGUUGAUGUUCACAUGUACAGUUUUAGCAGACUCACUUCAAUCAGUGGAGUAUGUUCAUAUGAAAUACUACAAAUCAUUUUGGCAGAAUCUUUGAGUUCUCAAGCAGUUUAUUUAGGGAUUGUUUUCUGGAGUCUUGAGCAGUUUGCUGCUCUUAAGCAUUCCUUAUCCCACCCUCCCAUCUUUCUUCCAGUGAUCCAAUCAUGAAUGUUGAUGGUUGCCUGAAAUGAGUAAUCAUGGCUGGGUUGCAUUAAUUUGCCACCCAUGGGAAUGGUGUAGCUGGGAUUUGGCAAGAAAUGUGGGAGUCUCAAGAGAUCCAAGGCACCUUCACCUUCCCUUAGGUAAUUGCCUGAAAGUGUAGAGCACUCUAUAUUUCCUUUACUGAGUACUGGCCUAUCUCAAGCAGAACCUGAGAAACAGCUCUGUGCAGACCUGUUGAAAUUUAUUACAAGGUUGUUCUGUAGGUUGUAAUGCAGAUGCCAAUGCAUUGGAAUAUGUUGAGCUGGAUUCAUGACCAUCUCAUUGCAAUGUUGUGUCCAUGGACCAGACCCUUUACUGUCACAGUGCUUCUUUCUGGUCAGGAGUAUAAAUGUGUUCCAGAAAACUCUAACCACUGCAUCUUUUGUUGCAUAACCUUUUCAGCUUCCUAUUUCCUGUGAUAAAUUUGGAAGGACCUCAGCUAGAAUUUGGAAGAUUGAUUUCUUGGAUGAAGUUUGAAACAAAAGAUGACUAUGAAAAGUACCUGUCAAGACUAGAAGCUUUCCCCACUCAGGUACAUGUACAACUGUUAGCUACAAAUAACAAAAGAUUUUUGAGCACCAUACUUUUGCUAUGAAUUCAGUUUUUUCAAGGACUCAACUACAUUUUAUCAUUGCUGUAGGUAUCUGAAAUAAUUGGAUUACUUGAAGAGGGAGUUAGGACACACCAUAUACCACCACGGCUAACUGUGGUGAGACUUUUUUUUUCUUUUUUGAACAACAACUAUUGAAGUAACAAUUACUAGAGCUAUGUUCUGAUCAGCACAGAAAAAAUAUGUGUGCAAUACAUGUAUGAUAAAAAAAAAUAUUAUGUGCAAUACAUGGAUGUGUCUGUAAUGUUCUGAAACCUUUGAGGAGAAAAUACUUUUGCAGUAGUAAAAAAAGCUUUGAAAGUUAUGAAUUCUCUAUUAUAUUAGAACUAAUCUAAUGGGAAAAUGUCUGAAACAAAAAAUUUCAUAGUACAUGCAUAGUUGUAGAAGGUUGUGUUUUGAUUUAUUUGUACAUUUUUGUUGUUUUUAGGUUCAUGUGCCUGAUCAAAUCCAAAAAGUGUUGAAUGCAGACUUCACAGAUGAUAAUGAUCUCUCUAAACCACUGAAGAGGUUUCCAGAAACAUUUACAGAGGAGGAGAGGUAAUUGAUUCAAUUUACUAAUGUGUGCUGUUAAAGUAGUGCAGUCACUAGUUUCUAAGGAUAUUUAAACUGAACAAAACAUUCAUUCGAUAAUUAUGCUUGUUGAUAGUUCAUAAAUUUGCUUAAAAUUCAUUUGUAGAGUUAUUUACCCUUAAGCUGUUUUCUAGGGAAUUGUUUAGAGGGCGUGGUCUGAAAUUAAUAGAGGAGAAAGUCAAGCCAGCUUUUAAAAAGAUUCAUGAUUAUUAUGUGGAAGUAAGUAAAUCAUUGAAAAGUAUUUUACGAAUAUAUUUUGUGCAAGCUCAUUACAAGUGCGAUUUUUCAUAAUUAUUGUUAAGAUAGUGGGUAUAUAUUUUGGAUUACUGCAUUUUCAAUAAACAUAAUUCAAUGGUAGACCCGAACAGAACGACCGACUUUUACUGACUACCCAAACUGACCAAUUACAACAACAAAGUCAAAACGUACCGUUGAGUUUUACUGAACUAGACUUUUUUCCAAUUUUUGGGUUUUUUUUUCUGCAGAAGUAUCUUCCUCAUACAAGGGAGUCCAUUUCAUGCACUCAUUUUCCAGGUGGAGGUGACUUUUACACACAGGUAAAUAAUAAAAAAAAAGGUGUUUGACGUGCGAGGGUUAAAAGACAGUACUUCAAGGAGAAGAUUUUUGGGAAAAAAAAAAAAAAAAACCUCCUAUCCCCCACCCCACCCCCCCAAAGGCACUUACAUCGAUACGAGAAAGUGAAAAGUUACGUGACCGUCGGCUUUCUCUCUUGUGUGAUGCUUUUUCGCGCGCGUUACUUACGUUCCUGCGGGCUGCGGGCUGUUCUUACUCUAAAAAUAUAAUUGCCAGAGAUUGCCCUGAUUGUUUAUUGUCAACACUUCUUAUCCAGGCCUUAAAGUUCCACAUUGCAUGUGACAUGUCAGCGAAGGAAGUCCACGAUCUUGGUCAAAAAGAAGUUAAAAGAAUAAGAUCUAGAAUGGAUGAGGUAAGAAAAUCCCGUGUCUCGUGCGGCGAAACCCGCGAGAUUCGAGCCCUCUCAGAUCCCUCGUAGAUCUCUCGUAGACUCCUCGUAGAUCCCGCGUAGAACCCUCGGAAACCUCUCGUAGACUCCUCGUAAACUCCUCGUAAGCCCCUCGGAGACCUCGUAGACCCCUCGAGAACCCCUCGUAGACCCAACGGAGACCCCUCGCACGCUCACUUCCCUCACGGGAUCGAAACCCGCGGGCUUCCCCGCUCGUGUCGCCACACUGAUGAGAAUUUAAAAGAAACCAAACCGAACUAAACGUUUGUAGGAUAGUUAUUUGAAUAAAAUAAAUGUUGGAAUAUACCAGAUUCGACAAUUCCACCUACGACACAAAUAUUUCGAGCUAUGUCUCAAAAAAUAGUUUUGGGGUUUCCAUUGCCUGCGAACCGAGGAGACUACAUUUUUAAGUGAUGUCGAUCGGUUUAAGAUGCCGUUCCCCUUCAACACCAUUUGAUUUAGUUACGGUCAUAAUUUUUGCCUUGUUGGAAUUGUUUUAAUCUACCGUUGUUUCAAGCUUGAAUUAUUUAUUGGCUUUUGUUUGGCAGAAUAGAAGUUUCCUUCUUAGUUGACAUUUCAGGCCGUUUUCUUUUUCCUUAGAUUAUCCAGGAAGUGGGUUUUCAAGGCAGCUUUAAAGAAUUUCUCGAUAUGCUGAGAACAGAGAAGCGUUUUUAUUUUGAUACGAAGGUAAUGUUAUGUGGGUUCUGAAAAUGGGGAGAAAAGAACAAAAUCUAAACUAACUGAAAGUCAUUGUUUUUUGUCAUCGUUUUCCUUGCAGGAAGAACUACUGAAAGGUUAUAAAGAUUUAUGUGCGAAGGUUAUCGAGCCAAAGUUGAAUGUUUACUUCAAAGAAAUGCCAAAGAUGCCAUUUGAGUAAGCCUUUCCGGUACUUACAGAAGUUUUUUCGUUAAUUCAGAGUAAUUUUCAACUUGGUAUCAAAAGAUUGGUGCAGAAAACCUAUGUCACGCUCUCGACCAGUCAGAUUCAAAACGUGAGUCUAUUGCUACCCUGUCGCUCGCGCUUUCCCGCGCUACAGGCGGCUUGUUUUUACCUUGAGUUCUCAUUCACAAAUCUCUAAUCUUGAAAAAUUCGCGUAUGAAAGUCGAAGUUUUCAUUUCUGAGACUCACAAAAGCUAGUUUUCCAAAGGUCAGUAGGCUAUCCUUCUCUUACUUAUCGCGACCGCCUUUAUAUUUCUUGCUUGUAAUUAAUUGUGUGAUUGCAUUCUGCCCGUUGAUUUUCAUAACUUGCAGGAUUAUUGAGACACCAGCUGAUGCGGCCCCUGUGGCCCCUGCUGCUUACUAUCUGGGUCCUUCUGAAGAUGGUACAAGGCCGGGGGUGUUUAUGGUGAACACUUACAAACACCAUACAAGGUAGUAUGUCCACAAACAUGAACAUAAGCUUUCUCAUUUUGGGGUAAGAAUAAAUGUUGUGCGAGUUUUGUUUUCACUGUUUUUCAUUUUGUGCACAUCUUUGCUACGUGGCUGUGUACAUGUUUCUUCUGCUUUAAGCGGGUAGGUUUCUAAGAAAAUGCGGUCUGUCCUCUGCCAUCUGUUUUGAGUUUAGUUAUUGUGAGACGCUCCUUUAAUAGCUGUUACAUAGAGUCGUAGUUCACGACUUUUGUGCCGGGAAGCUUGGUGAAACUAGAGAAACGAAGACCAUUCUUUUUAGAAAAAAAAGGCUUACCCUAAUAUUCAUCUGAAACGUGGCCUUUUGCAUGGCAAAGCAGGCACUUGUUGAGAUCUCAAAUAAUACGCUCGCACGGGAGAGCGGAUACGCUCCCUCCGUCUCGCGCGUCUGACUUCUCGCUUGCAUCGGUGUAUGAAUAUUUUUCGUGUUCCCUUUCAGACCUAAAUAUGAGAUGGUGUCUCUUGCCCUACACGAGGCAGUACCAGGACAUCACUUACAAGUAAGUACAAGAAUGGGAUGUGAUGUGCGACACAAGGGACCUUAAAAAUAGUGGGAAAACGUUUUUGAGAAAUCCAUGCGUUUAUUAUACUCCCUUUUUAAACUAUGUUUUAACCCUUUCACUCCCAGGAGUGACCAAAAAGGACUUUCUUCCUACAAUAUCGAUACAUCUUUAAGCGAAAAGGUGACGAGAAGAGACAAAAAUACAAUCUACGAGACAUUGUUUGAUGUAAGACCAACUUCGCUAAGAGAAAAUUUUGAGAAAUGCGUGGCGGACUGUUUGGAGUGUGGAUAUUAUUUUUUUGAGCGAAAGGGGUAGAUGAGCGACGUCAUGGUUUGUAUGUCUAGAAAGAAAAAUGCCUCGAGUGUUUCUACUCGUCGUUUUCGUAUAUUCCACUUGAACUAUUUUAGCGCUCGUCUGCGUAAUACAAGAUGUUUUUAGUAGUUCUUUUAGCCGUUUACGCCUUGACAUCAGUAUGCAUAUUCUCCAUACCAUUCUUCAUACAUUUGCUAAGGUGUUGACAAGGAGAAUGCGUUUAACAAUCAAGAGCUUCUUCAGUUGGUGAUCAUUUCCCUAAUUCUCCUGACCUUAAUGUGUGAUUCAGAAGUGAUAUUUUAAGGAGAAAUUAUAUUCUAGUCAUUAUUAUAGGUUAGAGGGUUGGGCUUUUUAAAGCUGUUAACAGUUGUAGUUGUGAGCAAUUGCAUAAUUUCAUAAAUUUUGUAAUUUUAUAUGUAAGCCAAUUUGCAUUUAUUAUUUAUUUCGUGGAGACUCAACUGACAAGCAUAUUUUCGUUUCAGACCGCGUUUGCAAUGGAGCAGGAGGAACAACCAUCUUUCAGGCGUUAUGUGGAAGACAGGAGGUACUAUGAAGUACCAGCACGUUUUGCUAUGCACACCGCUUACAUGGAGGUAUCUAAUAUGCAGUGAUGAAACCGGUUUUCCUUUACCUUGUUAUUGUCCCCUACUGCAAUUUUCAAUUUAGUGUCGAAUAUAAUCCCGGGUUGCUUUGGUUUUGCUUUAUUUCUCUUUGUAAUUGGUCCAGAAAACUCGCGUCACUUUCUCAACCAAUCAGAUGCAACACUAAAACCAAUCGCGACUUGUUUACUUGCGUCUUCCCACGCUUUGGUUACCUGCGUUUUCCCGCGCUUUGAUUACGUGCGUUUCCCGCGCUUUGGUUAGCUUGCCUGUGAGUUCUCAGAGGCUCUUUUCCCUGUUUCUGGUUAGCCAUUGGGAUUACAAUGGUUUUGGUUUGACGACACUCAAUCGAAAAGAGCUCUUUCAUCAAAGCUCAUUGUCAUUUUACAACAAUCAAUCGCUGUUUCAAGUAUAGGGCGCGAAAUCUUGGCGGACAAACGCGGCUUUUAACUUUAUGAUUAUCUUAUCUUUGAACUGAAAUUGCGGCUUUUGAUUUUCAGGGUUGGGGCUUGUAUUGUGAGUUUCUUGGUGAGGAGAUGGGUUUGUACCAAGAUCCCUACGACCUGUAAGUAGACUGUGAUUGUUCAGUAAUUAUAAUGUUACCUGGAGAAGUAGGCGAAUUAUGCUCACACUGCAUGAACGUUACUUCAGAGCAUUGAAUCAUAGCUACUAAACUAUUAAGAAUUCUAAUUCAUGUAAAAUAUGUAGAAUAAUGUUACUCGGAACUGACGUCAUUCUGAUGAUUUGUUUAAGGUUCGGCCGAUUGUCUGCCGAAAUUCUCCGAGCGUGUCGGUUAGUCGUCGAUACCGGAAUGCACGCCUUCGGGUAAGAAAUCAAGAAAGGAAAAAAAAUUUGAAAGUUAAAUGGACCAACGGUUGAGACUGACGAGCAGAGCAUUAGGCAAGCAAACUUAAUGAACGGACCAACGGAUGAAUGAGCAUGAAUACGAACGAAACAAGUAAACAAAUACACAAACAGGAGGUAAAAUAAGAGGGGUAAGUUUCUAAAGAAACUGUGGUGUUGCGUCGGUGGGAGAGUAUAAUAGGGUAGUUUAGUAUUCUCAUCGAGUUGAUAACAUAAAUUGGCCACUGUUGUAGCUCAAAUAUUUUGGCUGGUCGGAAAUUGUUGUUCAAAUAAGCAAGAGAAGAAACUUCAAUGAGCUCGCGCAGGAAAUCGCGCUAAUUUACUGUCGGUGAUGUGGUUUUCUAGUCUGUUUUCAUCAUGAUAACGCUACCAUUUGAUUUUCUCACAUUUUAGCUGGAGUCGACAACAGGCAGUAGAUUUUAUGGUGGAAAAUACUGCCAUGUCUUUUCAUAAUGUGAACACAGAAAUUGAUCGAUACAUCAUAUGGCCUGGUCAGGUAUGUCGUAUCUCCUAGCACUGCCUCAUAAAUAAUCUUUCUGUACAUUUGAGAUAAACUGAAGGCUUAAAACUAAAACUUGUCCUUCCUUUGGAGUCUUCAACGUUCUAGGAUACUCUAGUUAAACGUAUAGCAAUAUCAUUUUCCUUUGCUCGUAAGUCGCUUAUUGUAUUAUUUGUGCAUACUUUGUUGCAGGCGUGUGCUUACAAAGUGGGCGAAAUCAAGAUCAGGGAACUGCGAAGGAAAGCAGAACAGAAACUGGGUAUGAAACUUCAGCUAUAGUAAAUCUCCCGGAGAACCAUAUUGCUCUCAAGAUCUGAGAGCUAACUAUCUGGAUCGAAGUAGAGGGAGCGCGUGAACAUUUCCUGAACAGCAGUAAAUAAUCGAGCCUAAUCGUGAGAGUUUGAAGGCGUGUUAAUAGAAAUUUCCGCAUCCAUAAUUUUUCUUUAUCUCUUACCACCGGUCUGGUUUGCAGUCUAUUAAAACUGUUAAUAGAAUUUAUCGAGGGAUUACUCCUAGGAGUGAGAGCGCUGAGUCUGUAACCGCAAUAAAUCGAUUUAGUACCUAUCUUCAAGUAGGUCUCGUAUCCCUUUGAGCGUAUAUGAUAAAUGUCUGCUCCUCACUUUGUUACAUACCCGCCCCUAAAUACAACACCUAAACGGUAUAUGCUUUUUUGUUUAUUUCAGGUGAUAAAUUUGAUAUCAAAGAUUAUCACCACGUUUUUCUGUCGGCUGGACCAAUGGGCCUUGACACGCUGGAAGAGGCUGUGGACGAGUACAUCGAGAACACAUUGAACAAGUGAACACACGAGAGAGACACUGGUUCUGUGCUCGAGUCUCGACUGGCCUCGUGGUCCCGAGAUUAUCACUUGAUUCCCCUGUUCAUUAUUAACACCCCCGGAAAUCAUAUUUCCCCAUGAUUUUCAAUUCAACUCUCAUUCAAUUCAAUUCAACUCUCUCUCUCUCCGGUCAUUUGUGAAUCCCUGCGAUCAACAUUCACCUUCGUGAUUGUAAGCUGAACCCCCAAAUUGCAGCAGACGCCCGGGAUAUCAAUCGAUACCUUUGAUAUCACCUCCAAAGAUCCUCUCGACUAUUAUUCAUCCCUGUUAUGUGUUGUUACCAAACGUAUUUUUUGUAUUCCUAAGGUGUUUGAGGAUGAAAUCCCUUUAUGACAAGAGAUACCCUCACUACCUCUUGCUAUCAUCCAGUUAUCCCAAAAUUACACGUCCGUAUAAUUAAUCAGAAUGAAAGCGUAACUGGACCACGCAGAAUUGGAAUAGAGUCGAGGCCUGAAAAUUGGAAUUUUUACCACAAUUGUUAGGACUAAUGCGACAUAAAAUUGAAUAGAUGCGUAACUCUGCUAUUUUAGAAAAUGAGGUAGGAAUACAGGUAAUAUAAAUACUUAAAAGGUAUAGUUUCUUAUUUAAAUCGUUAAUAUUUUUUCACUUGAAUUUGUAGUAAAGCUCCCCAAAUUUAGAAGAAUGUCGUGCUAGUAAUCUGAAAUGUUAUGGUCGGAAUAGGAAUAGUGAGUUUAAAAUCAUUUCUUAUCAGCAGAUUUUUUGGAAAAAUUGAAUAAAGAAGUUUCGUCUCCACUGACUCAGAGACUGAAACAGUGCAAUUCU